AUGUCACCCGCUGCCGGCACAGCCCGGCUCUGCUCCACACCGCCGGGGGAAUCUCACCCAGCCAGGGAAGGCGCCCGGCCCCCACUUCGCCGCUUUCCGCAGAGAAUCGCCCGGCACAUCCCCGAGACCCAGCCCGGCCGCCGCCGCCGCCGCCGCGCCAUGGCGAUCGCAAGGCAAGUGCUUUGUCUCUCUGCUUUCCUGUCGCUGCCGCUCGCUCGCGCCGAGCCCAUCCGCUACUCCGUAGCCGAGGAGGCGGAAAGCGGCUCCCUGGUGGGCAAGCUGGCGGAGGACGCGGGGCUGACGCCGCCGCAGCUCUCGGCUCGCCGCGCCCGCCUGCUCUCGGAGGACGGCCGCCAGCAUUUGCGCUUAGAGCCCGGCUCCGGCCGCCUCCUCGUGGCGGGGAGGCUGGACCGGGAGCAGCUGUGA